UGCGGCAUUAUUUUGGCAACCACAUUAGAUUCCCGAUACUUCCCCUUCGUUGAGUCUCUCCUCUCCGCGUUGUCUCCAGGCUUUUGGUCUUUAGAGGGAGGAAAGAGAUGGAGCACGAAUUUCAGGAUGGCAAAGAGGGAGUUAUCCAAGCUUGGUACAUGGAUGACAGUGAUGAAGACCAGAGACUUCCUCAUCACCGUGAGCCCAAGGAAUUUAUCCCAUUGAACAAACUUUCAGAACUUGGUGUUAUUAGCUGGCGCUUGAAGGGUGGUGAUAACCAUGAAGAUGAUGAAAACCUGAAGAAAAUUCGUGAAGCAAGGGGCUACACUUACGUGGAUAUUUGUGAAAUCUGCCCAGAAAAGAUGCCAAACUACGAAGCCAAAAUAAAGAGCUUUUUUGAGGAGCACCUGCACAUUGAUGAAGAGAUCCGUUAUUGCCUUGAAGGAAGUGGUUACUUUGAUGUGAGGGACCAAGAUGACUGUUGGAUCCGAGUGGCUGUGAAGAAAGGGGGUAUGAUUGUGCUACCUGCUGGUAUUUAUCAUAGGUUUACUCUGGACACAGAUAACUACAUCAAGGCACUUCGCCUUUUUGUGGGCGAGCCAGUGUGGACUCCCUAUAACCGUCCCCAUGAUCAUCUUCCUGCAAGGAAGGAGUACAUUGAUGCUUUUGUGAAGAAGGAAGAAGCUGGCAAUCCUGCCAUUACAGCUCAUUGAAGUACUAAGUAGACUGUAUUGCUGGGGGGAAAAAAUGUUCAUGGUUUUGUGAUACUUGCUUAUAAUUUCCGUGUAAUGUGAUGUGAGAUGAUGUUCCUAAAAUAAAAGUACUCUUGUCUAUAUUUCUGGUCACUGAUGUUUGCCUUGUUUA